UGUUAAGUUAUUCCCAUCCAUUCCAUUCCGUCCCGCACUAAACGAGCAAUAUCAGUACUCAGUACUCAGACAUUCUUGAUUACGACUAAUAAUUUUAUUUCACUGCAUUGACUAUUAAUCAUAAUUAGUUAUAUAGUGAACAAAUAAGUCAUUCAUAUAUUUAUACAAUCAAAUAAUCUUAAUUAUAUAAGUUUUAUUUGGUUUCCUUCACUCCUUUGUUUUACCAUUAAAGACUAGUAAUUUCCCGCCGUCUUAAACUAAUCUAAAGACUAGACAAGACACUCAAUUCAAUUCUCCCAUAAUAUUAAACAGAGCAUUUAAAGCAUUACUAUUACAAUGAGUAACAAUCCAUACUAUAACAAUAACUCUUAUGAGUUAAGUAACUAUAAUAAAUAUUCUUCAGGAUCUGAUGAUUUAGGAACAUUUAUGAAUGAAAUUCAUGAUAUAAAUAGUUCAUUAGAUCAAUAUUCUAAUUUAAUUGGAUUAAUUGAUAAAAAGCAACAAAAUUUAAUUAAUGAAGUUGAUUUAAAUGAAGCUGAUACUGAAUAUAAUACUCAACAAAUUGAUAAUCUAGUUAAUGAAGCCACUACUUUACAAGCAAAUUUAAAGGAAAGAAUUAAACAAGUUCAAACUCAAGCUGUUAAAGAUCAUGAUAGAACUAAACAAGAACAAGCUGAAGUUACUAAAAGAAGAUUCUUAGAAUUGAUUCAAAACUAUAGAUUAAUUGAAUCUAAACAUAAAGAACAAAGUAAAGUUCAAAGUGAAAGACAAUAUAGAAUUAUCAGACCUGAAGCAUCCGAACAAGAAAUUCAACAAGUUGUUGAAAGUGGAGAUCCUCAACAAUAUUUCCAACAAGCUCUUUUACAAUCUAAUAGAAGAGGUGAAGCUCGUGUUGUAUUAAAUGAAGUUCAAGUUAGACAUCAAGAAUUAUUAAAAUUAGAAAAGACAAUGGCUGAAUUAACUCAAUUAGUUCAUGAUAUGGAAGAAUUAGUUGUAGAACAAGAUCAACAAAUUCAACAAAUUGAUGAAACUGUUCAUCAAGCUCAACAUGAUAUUGAAGGUGGAUUAGGUCAUACUGAAAAGGCUGUUAAAUCUGCUAGAGCUGCUAGAAAGAAGAAGAUUUGGUGUGCUAUUAUUGUCACUCUUAUUAUUGUCAUUCUUGCUCUUAUUUUAGGUCUUUACUUUGGUCUUCACAAUUAGUAAUAAGAUUAAUUCCAAAUUUAUGUAUUGUUAUCAACUUUUUAUCCAUAUUCAUGUCAUAUUUGCCAUUACAUUAUUACAUUACUAUUACUUUUAAUUUAUGUUUCACUACUUUUCCUAUACUAUAUUUAUCUUAUUAGUAUUUCUUUACUUUUCUUUUCUUUUCUUCCUUUCUUCUAUUUACUAUUGAUAUAUACCUUUUUAUUUUCAAUUACCAUUAUACAAUAAAGACCCUGUUUCUUUUAUCAUAAUAUCAUUGUCACUCCAAUUAAUAUAUAAUAACUAUUAUAAAAGAAUUACAAGUAUCUCUCUCUCUAGAAUAAUUUUGCAACCUACUGUAGAACAAUAUAAACAAAACAAAAUAAUACAAAACAAUACAAUACAAAACAAUAUUACUAAAAGUCCGCUAAGAUCCGUCUACAGCCAUGAAAAGAAAGGGUCUCAUAG